GAAGUCUGGAAGAAAGGAGCAUGUCCUCUCGCUUCUCGCUAGUUUUCCCCCUGGAGGAGGGAACCACGUGGGGAAGGUUGUUGUGCGUCACUGGCAUUCAUUAGUUAUCCGAGCCCGCAAUCCAGAGGAGGGUGGAGUCAGAAGGACUAGGUCUGAUUGGUUUCGAUACUGAACAGGGGGAGAGGCUCGUUCCGUGCACAGACUCAAAUGUAACAUCUGGCAAGCUUCUUUCUACCACCACCCCCCCUCUGGUUGUGGAUGUAACAGGAGCUGGAAAUGUCUUUUAUUCAUGUGGACGAGAAUUCGGACUUCCCCAUUCAGAAUCUGCCCUACGGGGUUUUUUCCACCAAGGAUCAACCCAGGCACAGGAUUGGAGUAGCCAUUGGGAACCAAGUGCUGGAUCUCAGUGCUGUUAAGCAUCUGUUUGAUGGACCAAUCCUUUCAAAACAUCCCCAAGUCUUCGACCAGCCAAUACUGAACCAUUUCAUGGGACUAGGCUGGGAAGCCUGGAGGGAAGCCAGAGUGUUUCUCCAAAAGCUGCUCUCUGCCAACGAACCAACACUGAGAGAUAAUGUGGAAUUACGCAAAAGAGCAUUUGUACCUCAGACUUCUGCUGUCAUGCACCUUCCUGCUGAAAUCGGAGACUACACAGAUUUCUAUUCCUCCUGGCAGCAUGCUACCAAUGUUGGGAUCAUGUUCAGAGGGAAAGAGAAUGCAUUGAUGCCUAACUGGCUGCACUUACCCAUUGGCUAUCAUGGGCGUGCUUCUUCCAUCGUUGUAUCCCGGACACCAAUUCGGAGGCCACUGGGGCAGAUGAAGCCCAAUGAUGAUCAACCUCCAGUGUUUGGUCCCUGUAAACUUCUAGAUAUUGAGUUAGAAAUGGCGUCCUUUGUGGGCCCUGGAAACAGGCUUGGGGAGGCCAUUCCCAUCCAGGAAGCUCACAAACACAUCUUUGGGAUGGUUCUAAUGAAUGACUGGAGCGCUCGUGACAUUCAGAAGUGGGAAUAUGUGCCUCUGGGCCCAUUUUUGGGCAAGAGUUUUGGUACAACCAUCUCUCCAUGGGUGAUCACAAUGGAAGCUCUGCAACCAUUUGCACUGCCAAACCCUAUCCAGGAUCCCAAACCUCUGCCCUACCUCUGUGAUGACCAGCCUUAUACAUUCGAUAUCAAUCUCUUUGUCUCUAUUAAAGGGGAGGGAAUGAGCAAGCCAGCUACUAUCUGCCGCUCUAACUAUAAGCACAUGUACUGGACCAUGAAACAACAGCUAGCUCACCACACUAUCAAUGGCUGCAACCUUAGACCUGGAGACCUCCUAGCCUCUGGAACCAUCAGUGGACCUGAUCCUGAGAACUUUGGUUCUAUGUUGGAAAUGUCUUGGAAGGGAACAAAAGCAAUUGACCUUGGGAAUGGGCAAUCCCGUAAAUUUCUGCAAGAUGGUGAUGAAGUCAUCCUAACAGGCUACUGCCAGGGACAUGGUUAUCGAGUUGGCUUUGGGGAAUGUUCUGGAAAAGUGCUCCCAGCCAAAUUGAUUUGAGUAUCUUUUUUCAAGGGCAUCCAAGAAGAAAAGGAGCCAGGAGAAUUCUUUCUUGGUGUUUUUUUCCUGUUUCUGAUGCUACGGUCUAUUACUGCACAAUAAUGUUAGUAUUAGUACAAAAUAAUAAAAACCACUAAAUUUUUGUUAUGGACAA